AGUCCUCCCCCUCCCCCCAUCCACCCACACAGAUUUACUAAUCUGUUGUGUUUUGGCAUACAGUGAAUCCCAUAUCUACCUUUUCUUCUAAAUCCCAACUUUGCUGCCGUCAUGUUGUUUUGUUCCUGCUAUCUGCUAUCUGCUACCUACCCCCAAAAAAUAAUGUAAAUAAUUCCAACUGUGUGGGAUUAGGUAUCCAGACCUGUUUUGGCAGAAGAUAAGCCUAAAGAUUAAACUACGCGACGUAUAUUAAGGAAGCUAUGUAGUUAAAUAUAGGCAACGUUUUACUGGUGGGUAUUUAGUCCAGUCUUUUGAUAAUACGACACAGGUUGCUAAUCUAGCCAUCUAAUACCUAACCCUCUCUACAAUGAAACAGAUAAUUUUAAAGCUUUGGCUAACCUUCCAUUUGUUUGUAUACGUGAACUCAGAGCAACGAAAGAAAAUCUAUGAACUCAACAUUCCACAACCAGGGGAACUUGGAACAGGUUAUGACGAUGGUAGCUUGACGUCAUCAGAUCAUAUAACAACAGUCCACAAUGUUAACAGAACGCUAGAUAACGAACAUGAAGAAGUUUCUCCUGUUAAUGAUUACGGUGAAGAAUACCAGAGUGAUCUGGAAGCGGAAGAUUCCUAUACAGACAUGGAUCAAUUGGAUUCCGGGAGUUUUGAAGACGAUGUUUUACGGUAUUUUUCUGAAGACGCUGACAGUUCUGCGAGAGAAGUCUUUGAUUUCCUUUCUUCAAUCAACAGGCAACGGUCACUUGUUGGGAGAUGUACGGUUUACGGAACCGUCUGUAACUGCUCCAACCUAGGCCUGACUGAAGUCCCGGACAAUCUCCCAGUCACAAUUACGACACUCCUGCUUUAUAAUAAUUCUCUGGCUACCCUUGUCAACAACACGUUUACCAGAUACCCACGCUUGACUAAUUUAGUUUUAAGCAAAAACCAAAUUAAGAAGAUGGAGCUUGGUUGUUUCAACGGGUUAGAAAAAUUACUGCACUUAAAUCUAAGAUUUUGUAACCUGUCUAUGUCACCCGGUUCUUUCAAAACAGGAGUGUUUUCACCUUUGAAGUCUUUGAGAAUAUUAAUCCUCAAUAAAAACGCAAAAGAUAGCGACGUCGUAAAGGAAUACCCAGAUCAAGCUUUAGCUGAUUUGAAAAAUCUGGAAGCGCUUUUUAUAGACGGGCUGAAAAAUAAAACAUUUGGUUUGGGGUUUUUAAACAUGACGCGGCUGAGGAACCUGACAUUGGCGGGGUUCACUCAGGGGUUCUGCAAGCUUCAGGGUUUGACUCAAGAAACUUUUGUAAACUUGGCUCAGAUCGUGAGUCUAAACAUCAGUGACUGCUCCAUGCAAGGUCAGUUCAUGUCCAGCCUUACAUUCGCUUCGUUGCCAAAUUUACAAGUCCUGGACUUGUCCUACAACCCUCAACUCAAUCUGAUACAUUUUCAAGAAAUAGCUUGCGGGUUUAGAAACUCGAAUCUUACACACCUUUACGUGAAUGCUAUCGAAGGUCGAUUUAACGAAGGGGUGAAGAUAACGAGCAACAUGGUAAAAUGUCUGCCCAAAAGUUUAAAAAGCAUUGAAGCAAGAACCAACGGGUUUUACUACAUUGAUGUUGGUGUUUUUGAAACGUUGCCUGAAACGAUUGAAUCUAUUGACGUCUCAGAUAACAGAUUUGUUUUUGGGAAAUACCUGGAGAAUCUCGUGCAAUUAAAAAACCUUCGAGUUUUGAAAUUAAAUGGCGGGACGUUUGUUUAUAACCUUCCCCGAAACUACCCUAAAGAUCAGCAGAGGGACUACGUUAGCAGAAAUAGUAGUGAAUAUUUAGUACUUCCGCUUCCGCCGAAGUUGAAACAUCUAGAAAUGAACAUAGCUAGCUUGAAUUACGUCAUGUCAAAGUUUCAAAUCAAUGCUUCAAACAGUCUGGAAAAUUUAUUUCUGAACCUGAAUUAUUUCCCUCGGUUAAAAGGACCGGUGACUGGGCUAAGCCACAUCAAAAAGUUCAUGCUUCGAGAUUGUUCUAUCGAAACCAUCGACGCGAAGUUCUUCAACAACUUCCCGACCCUAGAGACUCUCGAUCUUGGCUACAACGAACUGAAAUCGUAUUUCAUCACCGAGAACAGAAAAAUAUUUAAAUCCUUACACAUGCUGAAAACUUUGGAUAUAACAAACAAUAGAAUCACGCGAUUUGAUUUUGAUAUUUUUUAUGGGCUUUUCAGCUUGAAGAAUCUUCUGCUAAAUAAUAACGAACUGGACCAGUUUAAUAUCAGUAUCGAUAACAUGUUUAAUCUUAGUGUCUUGAACUUAAGCUACAACCAAUUAGGGCGAUUGCCGGAUCGGCUACGCAAGCAGAUCGAUUUACGAAACGUCAGUAUUGAUUUAGCCGAUAAUCCGAUUCGGUGUGAUUGUAAAAAUUUGGAUUUUUUGAAAUGGAUGGCAAAGUCCAAAGCCUUUGAUAAGUCGUUUUAUAAUUACUUUUGUGUCUACGCUGACGGCUCGAUAAAAGCAGUGACCGAUGGCUAUGAGAGAGAGAUUCAAGUACUAAUCGCAGAAUGUGCACACAAUUAUACUUUGUUUCUGGCAGUGCUAGGGGCGACAUUACUGGUGAUUGUUGUUGUUGUUUCAGCCGUAGUGUACAGGUACCGCUGGAAGAUCAGGUACAUGUACUACGCUGCCUACCUGAGGUUCAGUAACCGUAACUCUCCAGCCAGUUCCAAGGCUUUUGUGUAUGACGUGUUUAUAUCCUAUUCGUCAGAGGACGAUACGUUCGUCACAGAGGAAGUGGUCACAGAGCUACGGAAGCGGAACUUGAAGCUCCAUGUUCACGGUCGGGACUUUGUGGCCGGCGCCUACAUCGCUUCCAACAUACUGACGGCGGUCAAGGAGAGCAGGAGAACGCUGGUGGUACUCACGCGCAACCUGCUGGGUAGCAAGUGGUGUGACUAUGAGUUGCAGAUGGCCAAUAUGGAGGCAGUUGACACUGGACGCCCCGUCCUUGUGUUCUUGUUGAAGGACGCCAUCUCCAACAGAGAGAUGGGAUCAGACUUGUUAAACCACAUCCGCAACAACACCUACAUUCAGUACCCCACCAACAGUUCCGGUCAAGAUGGCGACGCCAUGACAGUAUUUUGGGACAAACUUGCGCAUGAUUUGAAAUAUUGAAAUUACACUCGCGUUUUA